AUGGCAAAAAUGAGUCUUUCUUCCUACCUAUUAAUACUAACUUUUUCUCUGUUUUCUCAAGGCAUUUUACUUUCAGCAUCCAAGUCCAUAAGAAAUUUAGAAGACGACAUGGUAUUUAAUACAUUCAGACUGGGAAAAGCCCUUCAGAAGGAAGAUACUCCACAAAAAUCAGUUGUUGCUCCUUCUCUGGAACAAUAUAAAAAUGAUGACAGCAGUUUCAUGAAUGAUGAGGAAAACAAAAAUUCAAAGAACACAGGCUCCAAACAUAAUUUCUUAAAUCAUGGUCUGCCACUGAAUCUGGCUAUAAAACCUUAUCUUGCACUAAAAGGAUCCGUAGCUUUUCCAGCUGAAAAUGGAGUUCAGAAUACUGAAUCGACACAAGAAAAGAGAGAAAUUGGGGAUGAAGAAAAUUCAGCUAAAUUUCCUAUAGGAAGGAGAGAUUUUGACAUGCUCAGGUGCAUGCUGGGAAGAGUCUAUCGACCUUGUUGGCAAGUCUGA